AUGAGCGGCUAUAUCACAGUGGCGCUGGAGGUGUUGGCGUUCCUCGCUUUCGUUGUGAUGGCGGUCGGGGUGCCGUACGUCCGGCGAAAGCGCGGCUACUGGACGGACCGAGGGGUGCCGGUGGCCGGUGGGACGCUAGCCACCACGUUUCCGGGCGUCCGGCUGAACGAGCGAUUGCUGACCAGUUACUUCAAGCACGCGACCGCGGCCGUUGUCGGUCUACACGACGCCGGACGCCCGUGCGCGCUAGCGUGCGACGUCAGGAUAGCGGCGUCCGCCAUGGGCAACGAUGGGUUCGCCGAACCCGGUUACCGCGGUGCCCAAGACGGCUGCAGUCUCGUGCGGACCGUCAUGGACGCCGAAACGAUGGCCACCGUUAUGCCGGUAAUGAACGAGUGCGUGGCCGAACUGGUCACGUCGCUGGAGGCCGUGGCCAACCGGCGGCUGACGAUCGCGCCGUGGACGCGGGUGCGCAAGUGCGCGGCCACAGCGGUGGCCACGUGUGUGUACGGCCAGCCGAUGAUCGACUCGCGGAUCGAAGCGUUCGCGGCGCAAUGCGACAAGGCGCUGAAGUCGCCGGCGGUCAUCACCGACUAUUUCGCGGGGUACGGCCUGUCGGACGACGACGGACGCGCACAGCCCCCUCACAUCAAGCGGUUGUUGCACGAGGCCUCGGCGGACCACCACCAGCAGCAACUCGGUUCCGGUAAGCGGUGUAUUAAUAUUUUUACCGGAAAACGUGUACAUUAUCAAGAACCGGUGGGGUGUACGGAUUCGGACGUUGUGUCUCUUCUUCUGUCCGGAAAAUACGUAGAAUAUUCGCGCUCGACAAAUAUACCGCGAACACCUGUAACGCCGUUUAGAUAAAGCCCCCCUCCCCCCUAAACCGUUUACCCGCCUAAUUUUUUUUUUCUAUUCUUUGUUCCGAACAAACGACGGUCAUUGGCACCACGGGAAACAUGUUGAAAUCCGCCGCAGUACCGCGGCAGACGAAAACUCCGCACCGGGAAUUAACGACGGUCCUAGAGGCGCCGCCGCCGCGCUAGACGGUCGCCCGGGAACCGAGCGGCCGGCCCGUAACUUUUCCCGCGGUAGACGGCGGCGAAAACUUCGCCGCGGUUCGAGAGAAAUUAACGUCGCCGCCCGCCGAACCCUCUCCGCCCGUCCGUCCGCGUUCCGGGGUGGGUGAUGGGCGGCGGGUAGGCACGGAGUUUUCGAAGCGGUGAAAUAUAAUAUCCGUUCCCCGAUGUUUGUACCGCGCAUAUCGCAUUUCAUAAUAGUGCAGGCGUUCGCAGUACAAGCGUAGGCCGGGAGAUCGGGUUUGCGCCGCAAUAUUUCGGCUACGGGGGGGGGNGGGGGGGGGGGGGGGGGAAUUAUAACGUGGACCCCCGACCGCCGGAAUAAAGACGAGUUGAUUUAUUUUCGGAACGCGAUUUUUGUCGUGCGAGAAUUAAUAUAAUACACCUAGGGGUAAUUUUUUUUAUUUAUGGUGGACUCACUGAAAUAUCGCGCGGAGGUAUUCGCGUACCGAAAUAGCGAGGGCGAAAAAAAAAAAGACGGAUAAAAAAUAACGGAAGCGGUGGGAGGGGGAAGGGGCGGAGAAAUAAAACGGAAAUGAAAUACGGCCAAAGUAAAUUUGACGAAUUUUCACGCUGGUAAGUACGAAGCGCGAGACCGUUCAGACAUUAAUUUAUAAUAUUAUUAUUAACUAUAUGACCGGUGAAAUUCAACAAGAGGAGACGAUGAGCACUCGCGUUGAACGUCGCUAUUAUUUUAUUAAUCAACUGCUCCUGAAAGUUAGGCCGAAAGUUUAUUCGAAAGUUAAAUUAUAACUUAGUAACCGUCCCGUCCGCCGUUUUCCGUGCCAAAAUAAAUACAGCGAACGUAGUAAAUUAAGUUAAGGCCUGGUUUGACAAUAAUCGUUUAGAAAUAAAUCUAGACGCAUUAAAAUAUAUAUUUAUUUUAGCAUAAAUCACGAAAGUAUAGACCCUAGGUAUAAAACACUCGUUGGUUCGUCAAGCAACCAUAAUAUAUCCAAUAGAAAUCCUACUGCUUUACAUUCUCUGUGAAUAAAAUUCAACACCUCGGUAUAACGUUGGAUAAUAAACUUAAAUGGGAUCAUCAUAGGUUUACAAACAUGCUUUAACCAAUACAGUACGCAAGUUCUUUUAUAUCUUCAACAAUAUUAAAAAUGUAUUUGAUAUACAAAAUAAAAACACUCCUCAUACACAUCACUUGUUCGGUCAAUAUUGAACUAUGAGACAACUGUAUGGGAGCAGGCAUAUGACUCGCAUACAAUUUAUUUGAAAUCAACUGUAAACAGCCCAACUGAAUUUUUGUUAAACAAACCAAAAUAUACCAAAAACGAAUACGUCUACCGGCAACUGAGUGUAUAUAACAUCAAUAUAUAUAUAUAUUGAUUGCUGUAUUUAAAUACAAGCGUGAUACUAUAUCCACUGUCAAACGUGAAUAUUGUACUAGAUAUAAAAAAAAAAAAUAUUUAUAUUAAAAUUCCUAAAUUCCACAAAUAUUUUGGUGCGAAAAAUUGUACAUCUAUUGCAAUAAAUUUAUGUGGGAUUUCUGAGAUUAACGCGUUCGAUUUUCGCUGUUUAAGAUAUUUUAAGCUGUAUUUAAAACUCGCUAAUUUAAAUGAAAUUGUACAAUCUUGAUGACUGUUCUUUACAAUUAUUGUAUACUUAGUGUUUUUGCGAACUCUUAUAAAACCCUCUAUCACAAGCUUUAGCUUAUCAGAGGGUCGCAAAUAUUUAUAAUCUCUUUGUAUCGUCUUAUUGUGUCCUUCAUUUUCUAUUACAUAUUAAAUAUAUAUAUUGUAUGUAACCAGUUUCUAUAGCAACUAGGCUGUUCGUUGUGCGGCGAAUUCUCGCGACAACUAUUACAGCCCAUACACUUAUUUAUUUGUUUCGUUUGUUUUAACUUCGUUUUUGUUUCAUCCGUAUCACCAGCGCAACCCAUAAAUCAACGAAAAUAAUAAUUCAACUUUAUUUUAAAUUGCUUAUACAGAUAACACGAGGCAGUUUUUUCGGUAAUAUUUUUGUUUCCAAAGAGACAAUUAAUGAAUCCCGAGUUUGCGAUUAAAUGUAAAUAACUGACGAUCGAUGUUAAAAACCGAGGGAAUGAUGAUCCAGGAAAUAAUGCGAACUUUAAUUUAAAAAAAACUCGAAACUCCGCACCAAUCAAAGAGUAGAGAAUCAAAAAUCCAAAUGUGAUCCGCGACAUAAUUUUAUAUUUAGUGCCGCCACAAUUUAUUUUCAAUCAUUUAUUAUAUUUCCUUAUUACACCUUAUUAAGUUGAUCAUUAAAUCGCAUCAAUGGCAAUUUAUGUGUCGUGCUAAACAUGCCAUGCUCAAUCAUAGUUAAUUAGAUAAUAAACUCAAACUUAAGAAUCGAGAUACUUUUGAGAUACUAAAAUCGUUGUAAAUAUUAUCGUCUAUACAAAAUACAAAACUCGCGAUAUUAAGAUAACGGGACCGCGUCCCAAUUCAUUUUUACAACAACAAAAUAAAUAUUAUCAACUAAAACUAAAAAGAAGCGAAGACAGUAGAAGUGGUAUAAAAAAAAAAAUAUUCUGGAGGAUGAUAUAUCACCCCGCAUCGCCCCCGUAGUUACGUACGCCACGGUAAACUGUUAUUUCCUAAGUUGUUUUUAUUUAUUUUAUUUUUUAAAAAAAAAAAAAAAAAAAAGGUUUUUAUUUAUUAUUAUUAUUUCUUCGUUAGUAUGUACUGCAUAAUACUUCGGCCGUUAAAGAAACGCUCAAAUUGUACAGGUCCCUAAAAAUAGUAUUACGUUUUUUUUUUUUAAAUUUGAAAUCGUAAUUUUAGACGCGCGAUAUCAUUGUGUCGUUGUCGUCGUCGUUUUCGUCCGAUAAUUGAAAACGAUAUUAGUCCUCCAAGAACCUAUUUCCUAUUCGGAACACCGGUGUGACGGGCGAUUUGUGCCCCACAUGUACCAUGACCUCGGCGGGUAUGAAUCGCCAAAAGUAAGUAAUAAUAUAAAAUAUGACCAAAGAUGGGCGAGUUAAAUUUCAUGAUGCGGCAUGAUUAAUGAACACAUAACAGAUAACCUACCUACAGAAUAAAAUUAUAACUUAUAUGCAUAUUUGAAAAUACCUAUGUAAUUAAAUGGUACGCGACUGAUACGAAUCGUAAAUCAAAAACACGUUGUACAUUUUAAAAAGUUUAUUUAUUAAGUACCCCUUUUGAGUGCAAGUUCAAAUGUAUAGACAAUAUAAUGGUUCGGUUUAUUGCUUUAUUGAAAAUAGCAAUAUCAAGUGAUUUAACUGUAUUUUAUCAUUCCUGUGACGAUAUUCAUCUACGACUACUGUGCGGUUACAAGAAGUUACGUGUACUGUACGUCUAUAGGGACAUAAAUCAUCAUUACUUAACUUUGACGAUUCGCAUCCCACGAGGUAAUGAUAUAUUGUGUGAGACACAAAUCGUCUGUUACUGUUGGCGGUUUAUACCUACCGAGGUUAUAACACGGUGGGCAUUAAAAUACUGUGACCGAAACCUGGUGUCGAAACCGAAAAUGCGCACCGAAAUAGUAAAUAAUUGCGAAUACGGUAACCGUAAAUUUUUUUCAUGCAAUUUAAAUGGAUUUUUUCUCCGCUAGUAAUAACAUUCGGUGCUGAACUCGCAACCCUAUUUUACAUUAGCAAAAGUAUCGUUACUAUAUCAAUAUUACAUUAUAGUACAUUUAUAAACUGAAUUGGCCGUGUACUUGGGAAGAAAAAAAUGUGAUUAAGGAUCACUGUUUAUAUAUAUAUAUAUAUAACACAGAAAUGUGAAUUUAUAAUAAAUGCAUUUUUUAUAGCUGAUCGUAAUACGCAUUUUAAAGUUUCUCCGUACAAAGGUCGAGUUGUGUAACGACGAAUCUAGUUCUGAAACUUUGCAUUCUGCUCUUUUUGACGCCUUUGAUUGGGUUUUUUAUUUUUGUUUUUAGUGCGUUUUAUUGUACCUAUUUAAAACACAAUUCGUCUGGUAUUUUUUUUUUCACACGUUUAUGUUUUGAACAACCGUCAAUCAAAACCAACGGACAUACUUUGCACAAUAGGUGCACCACUGUUAUAAAUGAGGAGUAAAGAAAGUUGAGGGAAAAUUUAAUGUAUAUCCGUACGCAAAGAUUAAUCGUUGCUAACGAAAAACGUUUCUGAGCGAAGUUCUAUUAUACACGGUUUAAAAAUCCGUAGUAUUUACGAUUUUAAAAUAAUACAUUUCAUACAUGUUUUCGUUAUUCCUACGUUUUUUCCCGGUUUUCACUAUUUGUUACGAAAACCCGUGAAAAAUCAAAAAAAAUGACAAGAAAAUUACCACCUUAGUAAAAUGUUUUUUCAGAAAAAGUGCUACACUUGAAAUCGGAGCAAAACUCCGGGUGAAAAGUUGUUCACAGAUAAAAAAAAAAUAAUUAUAAAAAUAAAUAUCAUUGUAAAUCAAUGCAUUCCUCGCUCCACUCAGAAUCUUCGGGUCGACGGAAAUCAAACAUUUCAACACCGAAAUUUAUUUAAAGUAAUACACCGUCUAUUUAUGGAAUUUUGAAUAUAAGUUCUCUUUUGAAAAACCAAAGUUGAUAUCGCCAGAGGAUACUCCUCAAAUGUUCGCAAAAAUCUAAGUAAUCGAAAAUAUUGGCUUUUUAACUACAAUAAAAAAAAAUAUUAAAAUUUUACGCAAAAUUCAACCGCAAAAUGGAGUGAGCGCGCUUAGUGAAUCACUAUGUAUAGAUUCUGAGUACUCGAUUAUUUAACCAUAAUUUCGGAUUAUAAAACCUAUCAACUAUAUUAAUUACAUUCCGUUGGAUCUGUUUCUCGCAUAAUAAUAUAAUACAGGGCAAAACUCGUGGAGAUAAUUUACUUUGAUCUAUGGUACGGUUAUUUUUGAAAUUCGCUACCGCCGAAUAGCCGGCGGCGGGAGGCUGCCGAUCGGAAUUUUUGUGUUUCUGGUAGGCAUCAGGUGUACAAAGAAUAUAGGAAUAGACCGAAAAACGGAGGAAAUCGAAUUAAAAAAAAAAAAUAAAUAAAUAAAUACAUCGACGACGCCGCCGCGGGCUACUUUUUUAAUCCGGAAACAAAAAAAAAAAGUCCCGCACAACCAACUUACGUUACAAACAACUUAGUGUUUCUCAACCCGGGGGUCACGAACUAAUUAUUUAGAGUCGCGAAAAUAUGUUUGCAUAUUAAAAAUCCAAUCAAUAAGGAAUCUAAAUAGUAAAAAUCUCGGCAACAACGGUAAAGCCAUUGAGAAUCUUCAUUUAAGAAUGAUUAAUAUUCGUGUUUCAUGUUUCAUGAAUAUCGUAUUGUCGGUAUAUUUAUUUCUAACGGUUAUCUAUAUAAUAAGUGUACAUAAAAUAUACGUUCGUUCUGAAAAAUUGGAUAUUCGUUUGGGGAGGGGGGGGCGCCGUAGUAAAAAUAUUGAUAGAAACUCGGUAGGUGUGUAUUUUAUAGUAUUUCGCGUGUGUCGACAAUACAAUGUCGCAAGAAUAUCGCAAUUAGUUAGUUUUUUAUAAUGUAAUAUUAUAGUGACGUUGUUCAAAAAACGCGAUCUCCAAGUAAUUAUAACUGAGGCACGAUAUUUUAAAUACGUAAAUACGUAUACGAGACCGUUUAUAGUAUGUAAAAUAUUGUUUCUAGGCGAUUUUUUAUUGUUUUUUUCUUUCUACUUUGUAUACGAAGCUAUAGGAAGCGAAAUAUUAUUGUUAGUGUCACUACAGCGUUGCGUUGUAAAAAUAUUAUCAGUAUAAGUACCUAUAUUACUCCGGGAAAAAAAAUUCGACGAUCGAUGUUUAACAUAAUAUAAUCAUUGGCCUGAGAAUUAAACGGUUUUAGAUUCUGAGAGGAGCGAAGAAGCUUUUAGUUUUACAAAGAUGUUUAUUUUUAUUUUUUCUUAUUUGUGCACAACUUUACUACCAGAGACUUGCUCAGAUUUUUAAGCGUCGCAUCUUUUUUGAUGAAAUCGGUGUGGGGAGGUACUUUAGGGAGGCCAUUUUUUUGAUUUUCCCAGCAAAUGUGAAAAACCGGGAAAAACAUAGGAAAUCUGGGAAAAUCGGCGCAAUAUCAAACAAGUAUUAUUAAAGAAAAUCUAUAAAACUUAAUUAUUUUACUGUUAAAUGACAUAUAUUUUUGACAAAGCAUCAUUAUCAACCGAACUCCGUUCAGAAUCGUUUUUUCGUAAACAAUGGUUAAUCGUUGUUUAUAAGCCUACAUUAAAUUUUCAAUAACAGUGGCUAUAUCCGUCUCCAUUAUUCUAAGACGUCUUUUUUAUCAUGUUGUAGAUAAUAAUAUUCUUGCGUAUAAGAUGAAUAAUAUUGUUUUAUAGUAAGUACGAGUAUAAUAUCACGUGUUGUAAACAAUUUCGCCGCCUUGGCAAUAAUAUCCGCGUAAUUUUUGCGGAGCUAUACGUUCGUAAUAAUUUAUAGGUUAAUUUAGAUUUGGGGUGAGAAACCAAUCGAAAACUUUAACGCGCCUCAACAGCUUUUCUUUAUAAUAAUCAACGAUGGACGUUGAAAAGUUAAUAAACUCAUUUUUGUACACAUUAUAAUGUAAAUUUCGAUCUAACUAUAUAACAGUAAACUAUUGAUUUUAUCGUCGAGAUUAUAAAUCAUACAAGGACUGCUGGGGCGGCGCGUAGAAAUAACUUGGGUGACCGAGUCAAGUUGUGGAGAACCAAGGUGGCCGAUACCAAAUAUAUGGGAGAAGAGGUGAAGUAGAAGAAGAAGAGAAAAAUCGAUCGAUCGUGGGUCGACUGGGUUUCCAUUGGAAUAUAUUAUAAACUCGACUAGUUGUGUAGUUUUAUAAAAUAACAUAAGUUAAUUGGUCAAAUAACAACGAUUGAGUUAGAUUAGAUCAGAGUUUUUUUAAGCGUUUACUUGAGUUUUAAUUUUCAUCUUUAUGAAUAAAUUUUAAAUUCUGAGUUUAAAAAAAAAAAAAAAACGCUACACUUUUUAGAAAGCUGAUGUGUUUUUUUGUUCUCGGAAAAUAAUUUUACGUUUAAUAAAAAUUCUCCGAUUCUUUUUUUUGGCGUUAAAAUAUGUGGUUUUUUAGCUGACGGUACAUUAUUUUAAAAAUCCUUCGGCAUUAUUUUUUUUUCAAAUAAUUUUUUGAUUAGAAAAAUGCCACGAUUUGUUCACACGCGGUAGGUAACUCAAGCGAUACAAAAUUUCAGGCUAGCGUUAUUUUAUUCGAAACAUUCGUCGAAAUUAUCUUUCCGUGUAUUUCAAUUCGGUCUGCCGUCGGGCUUUCCUUUAGAGGAAAUGGUAAAUUUCAUAAAGUAUUUCCUCGAUUGUAAACGCCAUUAGUAUCAGUUAUGUUUUUCGGCCGUUCAAACGUAUGAUCUUGUGGACAGACGAGCUUUCGGACACUCGACAGUUCGAGUAAACCGACGUUCGGCCACGUGACACGAUCUGCCGGUUUCAUCAAAUAUAAAAUAUAUUAUCCGCCAUUGGUCGUUAUCAUUAUUAUUGUGAUGUCAUCCCGGUCGACGUCAGUUAGGGAUUCCUAGAUUAAUUUGUGUAACGAGUGUUUGCGUGCGUACGAUGCUCGGCGGCUAAUAGUGCGAACGGGUGACACAGACACGUGUAAACGACAAUUAUUACAAUACUGUUUAGGCGGUGCGUGUUAAAUUUCGUACCAACGUCGGCGUAAGAACACGGCGGCGCGCCGUUUAAACAGUUAUUAGUUCUGGUUGUCUUCUUUUGAAUACCUAACCAAAUGUUAAAUUAAUAUUUUUCAACAAAAAGAGAGAAAAAAAAAAACAGCACACGCUACACGCCAAGCCGUGCUUGCCGAGGCGUUCCUAUUAUAAUUUGAUUACGUCGUUCUCUCGGCUGUCUGUCAUAUUAUUUUUUUUCUCUCUCUCUUAGGUAAACUGUCAACGUGAUGGUUUUUCCCCUCCGCGAAACACUACAAACUGUUCGCGGAUGUGUAGAAUAACCGAGAGAAAUGCGUUUUUUUUUUUUUUAGAUUCAAUUUCUACGCACGUAUUAAUAAAUCAACCGAAAACUGGAUUUAAAAUGUAAUGUACGUUUAGUCAAAAUUGCUGUUCGGAGAUAUGGGAGUACGCAUUUAAUAUGCGUAAUUCAAAAACGCCACCGCAUUUGAAACGCGUACAACUCGUCAAUACUGUUCGUGAAAAAUAUUUAAAAACGAGAUACAAAUAUAUUUAAUAUUAGACAUUUUUGAAUAAUUUAGUUAAUUAGUGAAGUUGGUGAAUGGCAUCUUACACUUGCAGGAAAGCGAAGAACAAUCGUAUUCGUAAUUCAAAAAACGAUUUUGAAUCAUUGGCCAAUAGCAGUGUUGAAUUUUCGUAGCAAAAUACUUCUUUUUUUUCUUAUUAGCUCAUUAUAGAAUAUAUAGUGCACUCAAUUGUAUAACAGUAAACUCAGAUUUUAUUCAAAUAUUGAAACAUUUAUCAGGAGUAAAAGCGUAGAAUGGACAGUCGUGCCUGAAGAAAUAAUUGGAUCUGCAAUAUGGGGACACGACCCAGAUAAAGGUGGAUGGAUACUACGUUAAUGACUCCCCUCCAAAAUGUGAACAAGGAACAAGGAUAGAAGGGACUGAGAUUAGGGAAUGAUAACGUGAAAUAGUGAAAGCAGCGAAAGCUUUAUUAAAAACGAAUUAUAAAAGCUACAUAAGAAGAAGAAGAGAAGAAAAAACUCAUAUUAAAAGUUUUUAUGUUGCCUUUUGACAUUUGUAUUUUAUAUGAUUUCCCUUAUUAGGUAAUUUUCCCAUGUUUUAAUGCAUUUUGUUGUAUUUUUUAACAAUUUCCGUGUUUCAUUAAAAUAUUAAUGAUUCCCGUUUCAUAACAAUAAUAAUUGUGUUUUUUUUUUUCAUAUGUUUGACAUCGUGCGGUUUUCGUGUGUGGAAAUUAACACAAUAAUUUAUUAUAUAAAUUACAACAAAAACCACCUAGACAUUAAAAAUGCAUUACUAAUAAUUAACAACGUCUGCGCAAAUUUGUUUCAACGCUUAGUGGCCUUAUUAUUAUUAUUUUUUUUUAAAUCGUUACUCGUUAUUAUUAUAUUUUUAUCUACCUAGUAAAUCUCAUUCGGUCAUUUGGGGAGGCGAACGAAGGAAUAAACUUUAUAAUAAUAAUAUUAUUAUAAGCUUACCGCGGCAUUAUUAUAUUGGACUAACGAUAUUUUAUUAUCGAAUAACGUUGGUUUUUUUUGAAAUUUACAAAAAAAGAAAAGUAAUAGUAAUACGAAUUAUAGUUUGCAGAUAUUAUCAAAUUAUAUUUAUUUUUAUCUUGUUACACGUUUUUUUUUAUUUCCCCUCCUAUGCUAUUUAGUCGUUAGUUGUAUUGUUUUAUUUUUCGUAAUUUAAAUUAUUAUAUUACGUUUUUGGCUGUUUAUAAUAAAUUUCAAAUAAUACAUAAAAGGGCGUGCGAUAAAAUCGUUAGUAAGUAUUGUACGUACGUGUUCGAAAUUUAAACACGUAUGUAUUUUUCACAAAAAUUAGUUAAAUAAUUAAGUGACGGAAAUUAAUCUAUACUGCGGUAUAAUGUUGUAACUGUCGUUGUUUCGUGUACCUGUACCUGCCUGUAAUUUAUUUGGCGUGUUAACUAUGCAUUUUUCACGAAAACUCGAUAAAUAAUUUAGAGGUUAUUAUAAUUUUUGCGGUUGUUGGUCGUGUAACUAAUUUUUGAUAAGCACCUAAAUAAUAACAAAUAGUACGGUAACAUUAUAUCAUAUAUUUAUUUAUAUUUGAAGCGUACCAACAUAAAAUGGAUGUAUAAAACGUCGGUCAUGUAAAAUGAUACCGAAAACAAAAAUAUUAGAAACUCUAGAGACGCGGUGCUGGAGACGUAUGGUAAAAGAUAAGUUGGAUGUAGUCAGAGAAAAAAUCAAACCAUUUUUUUUAUAGGAAAAGGUACACGCUUAUUAAAGCGGUUGGAGCAACACGUUAUAAAAAAUGAUCACACAUAUCUUAAGACAUUGUAGAAAAGCUGCAUAUAACAUUAUAAACGUAGAGAACACGAUUCAAAGGUAUAUAAUUCCAGGACGACCCGGUAACUCUUAUAUUAUAUACAUAUUUGUUUGUUUGUACAUAGGAUUACAGGCCCUGAAAACCUUUUGCCGUUUCUAUCAGGUCUCUUCGUCAUUAUCGAAUAUCCGCAUCUUCAUUUCUCGUCGUUUCCAGACUUUUCAAAUCUGUGCUCUUUCUAUCUAUUCUUUCUGACGGAUUCUACCACUUGGUAUCUUUCCACUUGGCUUAUUGAUAAAGACUGCAUGUAUUGACUUAGCUUAUUCUUUGCUAAUAGUUUUCUCUAAAAUAUUAAGAGUUCAUCGCAUAUCGCUGUUGCCCUAGUCUUGUAGGUGUCCAUAAUAAUAUGUUGUAGAUUGAUUAAUUCUUAUGUACUAUAAAUUAAAAAUGACGCAAGAGUCAACGAUUUUAAAGGAAAGACAAGCAGUCAGUUAGAACGGAGAAUCAAAAACCGAUUUUGAUCGUAGUAGUAAAAGCCGUGUAAUUUUUUGUUGUAACCAAAGAAACCCAAAAAUAAAAAAAUAAAAAUAAACUGUACCUAUCGACAUUUGGUGUUAGUUUUUUAAAUUUAAGUACAAAAAUUGUAGGGAAUCUAGAAAUUGUAUAAGAGGUGAACUGUUGAAAAUAUCGAAAAUCGUUAUAAACAUCAUAAUAAAUCGAAGCAUUUUCACUUAUCAAAAAAAAAACAAAACAUUUUACGCGAUGUUUUGGAACAAGUAUUGCAGGUAAUUGCGAAAAAAAAUGUUUCAAGUAAAGUGAAGCUGGGCAGAAAUUCGUCGGACUUUAAGGUAUUGGCACGGGAAUAUCCGGAGCAUUUUUAAUAACCGGAAAAGCGUUUUCCGAGAAAAAGAAAAAAAGCGCAUCCCACAGUAGAACUAAUUGCAGCUCUUUUACUACACUCACAAUCUAAAAGUAUACACUUUUUGAAUCCGACGACGCGGAAUUAUAACACACGGCGUGGGCGCUUGCAGUUUUGUAAUAUUCUCGGCGAGAUAAUAAUAAUAAUAAUAAUAAUAAUAUUAUUUGUAUACGAUUUUGGCCGGCGAGUUAUCUCGCGCAGAAAUUAAUUCCGACAAAGCGCGUGUAGUGCUUAGUAAGCAUUAUUUUCAUGUCGUUUAGUAUUCAUCCUGAAUAAUAAUCGUUCUAAAUUAUUAUAAUAAUAUUACGCGCGCCGCACCGAGAGUCGCGGGACGCCGAGUGGUUUUGACGAGUAUUAUAACCGAGGUCUCGAGAAAACGCGUUAUUUUACAUUAUUACAAACCGUAUUGUACAAUUAUUAGGCCCCCCCGAAUUUCGAUGUCGACAUUUUUCUUUUUGGACGAAGUUGGGACGGAUCCGAGACCGGCGCUUUCCAAAAAUAGGUACACACGUAGUUCGUCUAACGCAACAGGCGAAAUAUUAAAUCAAGAAUGAAGCUUUUAUUUUGCAUUUAUUUGCAGUUAUUCUAACUUUAAAGCAAAUUUUUUUUUUUUUUUUUAGUAUAGUACGGUAAUUUUAUUAUUUAUUUAUACACCAUACCCACGCAUUAAAAUGCAUGCAAUUUAAACGAUUAAAAAUGUUGUCCAAUGAGAAAUUUGCUUGAAUUGGUUUUAGGUAUUCUCUUAUUCAUCGACACAGAUUGUCAACCGUUCGUUUUGAGAUUUCGAGAACGCGUCUCCUUUUUUUUUAUUUUUCGUCUAAUAGCUUAUAACUGGUGUGAUGCGCAACUCAAACAAAUAACAAUACCAUUAUUACUAUAACAAGUAAAAACUUUUAUUUUCAUUUUUCGCUAUUUUCAAAUUUCUAUUUACGGACAUAUUUUUUGAAGGUUAUUUUUCGAUAGCAUGCAUAAGGCGAUCUCUAAUAAUCAUAAAUAAUAUCACAUAUGGUAAUUCAUGCGCUAUUCCAUGUCGCCACUACUACUAAUUCGGUUAUGAUAAAUAUUUAAAUUUCAUUUUUAAACCGCGACCUUGGUAUCCACAUAAGAUUAUUAUGUUAUGAAUCACGCCGUGGUAAUAACGAAUGUGUUCGGCCAAACACGUUUUCCGGUUCUGACCGCGAGUUGUACCCAAUAGUUGUGACGACCAGUAUCGAAAACGGAAAUUCCGACAAAACUCUUACCACGUGACACGUGAUCACGUUUUGCUUCUGUAUAAUAUAAUAUAUAGGCACGAUUAUUGAUAUAAUAUCGCCCACGUUAAAUUAAUAAUUAUUAUUAUUCAUUAUCUAUAGAAAUUCCACUGUAAUUCGUAUCUCGUUUGUAGAAAAAAUAUCAUGAAAAAACAAAUAAUAAAAUACAAAUCCGGACAUACGUUGAAUCACGGAUAGCCUGCGUCUGUUGCGACCAAAAGCGAUGAUAAAUCAAUGUAAACGAUAACCAAGUGAAACUGAGUAAUAAUGUCAGACCUCUAUACAAUUAUUUCUCAUUGAAUCCUAAUAAAAAAAAAAUAAACCUUGGUAAAUAUACGUCUGUGAGUGUGUGUUUAUGCGUGUGUGUGUGUGAAUUAUAACGUCUCCCUCUCCCUAAUCGAGAUGAAUCCUCAAAUCCGGUCGAAAUGAUGAUGACAAAUAGGAAAAAAUAUCAAAAUAAAACAUAUAUCCUAGUAAAACCAGUAAAUUCAUGAAUACGACCGCGACGUUCAGUACCUUAAAGUUCAAAAUUAAAAUCCCAACGAAUGGAAAAUAGAUUUGUUCGUAUCCCAGCAUAUAACAUAAACAAUGUUGGACAAACUUUGUAAUCAUUAGCUUUAAAAUUGAAUAUCGAAAAUUUGGAACUCAGAAAAACAAUUUAAUGACUUAUAUAAUGGCUUUAUAACUUACUCUAUUCCAAAAUGGAUUACCAUGAAAUUAUAAAUUGCUUCAAUUAAUAUAAAUGUUCAAACACAACGUUAAGAUCCACGGUUUCGUUCUAUGUACUUACUUGCAAACAUUAUUAUUGUCUGUUCGCACCGUUAAUCGAAUGUUAACUCUAUGUAAUAAAUUUAAUAAUUUUGAUUUUUUUUAUUAUGAACCAGCAAUUAUCUCAGAGUAUUUUAAAUGACUUUAUUUAUUACUCUGCCCUACUCUUCCGGUUUAAACUUCAAACUGUUCUAAUUCAUAAACGGUAAAUCUGAUAUUAAUGUGAUGCAUAUCUUAAUUUCAGGAAUAAUAUUCUCUAUUCAAAUUAGUAUUCAAAAAGGAUGGGUUCCUAUUGGAAAAUCAAAAGUAUGCGAUUAUUUAAGGUACAUGGAGUUGGGGUAAAAAAUUGAAAAUGGUUUUUAAAACAAAGCUUAAACGAUUCCAUUAUGAAAAAACCGAAAUCAAGGUCACUUAAAAUCCUCUGAGAUAAUUGUUGGUUCGUGAUAAAAAAUAUAUCACCUUGUAUAGGUACAUUAUGCGUGUUCUUUGAAAGCUGGACAACUAUUAUGACAUCACAUGGAAUUAUAUCUAAAAUAAUAUUUUUGUAUAAUUCGUUCCGACAGCCCGGAAUUAUUUAUUGCUGAUUCCCGGCGAAAUCACUAGAUUUCCGUUGAAGUUUCAAAGAGUUUCAUAAUCUGCUCCUACUAGACAUACCUACUCGUCUAGUGUAACGCGUAAUGCAUUACCGAUGGACGUCUUCCGGACCGGUUUGGUAUCAUUGCAACAUAUUAUAAUCGUAUAACAUAUUAACGUCGAGCCAGACAUUUGUCGGCUGUCGUAAUGUACGUAAAAUAUAUAAAGGAACGCGUAGUGGUGACUCGUUCAAAAGCGCACGCACAAAAACACGCACGCCUAGAUGCUUGGCCCGCAUACUGCAAUAAUUAUAUUGUAGACGUGCAUAUUGUAGGGGGAAAAAAAUACACGGUUUUCGGUUACUCAAACAGCAAUGUCACACAAUACGACACGAUUACAAUCGUAUCAAUGGAAAUAAUGUUAUCAUACCAUUUCGCAUGGAAACAACGUAAAAUACGCCGCAGUUUAUUAUCAAAAUUCGAAAAUUGUUAUUUUCAUCUCCAAGGUUUCUUUUCUUCCGGCGGCGACCACGCGAUAAUAUCGAGACCUUGUAAACAGCGGGACAUUGUUUUCUAUAAUAGGAGUCAUUUCUAUAUUGGUGGGUUUUUACUCGUUUGUUUGUAUUUUAAAUUACAAUUGAAAAACAUCCGUAAACUGUACAGAGCUCGUUCGUUUUUACUAUAAUAGAAAUAGUAAUUUUAAAACAAUAAAAUUACCGAAUACUAUAAAUAUUACAAUAUUAUAUCGUACAUAGCAACUAUUAAUAUUUCUACUACUACUACUACUACUAACUACUACUUCCAAUUAAAAAAGAGGCGGAUAUACUUUAUACGAUGGGUGGGCUACUGUUGUAGAUGAGAAUUUGGAACGGUACAGGGGAAAUUGAAAUUUUUACGCAAAGAUUAACCAGUGCUUAUGAAAAAAGCGGAGUUCAGUUAAUAGUGUUUCUUUCAAACUUUGAUAGAAAAAUUUAAAUAAAAAAAAAAUUCUACAAUACACUCAAUUUAUUUUUGUUUUUGUUGACCACAAAGUCAAUUAUUAUGAUCCUUCUGUUAAAUUUUCUAACAUUUCUGUUAGUCAAAUAUUUAUUAUCCAUAAAGUACCUCCUACUGAACAAAAAUUACGUAAAGAAAACCCGUAAAAUUUAAAUGUUUAUAAAUAGCUCAAAAAUGGGUACAAUAUUUUGAAAAUUUGACCACAUGUACAAAAGGCAAAUAUAAGGUUGCUGUACAAAUGUCAAACCCCUAAAAAUAUUUCUAAAUUAAUAACAAUACAACAAAAAAGAAAAUUUAAAUUUAUUAAAGCAUUAUUUUCAUAAAUUUCCCCGUUUUUCCUACGUUUUUCUAAUUUAUUAUGAAAUCCUCUAAGAAAAUCAAAAAAUUAUUUCCUUAAAUCACCCUAGAAAAAAUUAUCUUUAGAAAUAUUGCCACCCUUGAUACUUUCGAGCAAUAUUUCAGAAAAAAAUCUUAUACAGUAGUUAUAAAAAAAAAAAAAAACAUCAUUGUAGAACCAAUAUAUUCCUCUCUCUGCUUAGAAACUAAAAUUGUUGAAUUUCAAUAUAAAAAUGUCAAUGAUGGAGAAUGUAAAUUGAAGUCCUCAUUAGACAUAUCUUUGACCAAAAAUAACCAAUAUUUUUAUCUAGAUAUAAGAUAAAGAUAAUGACUUAAAUACUAAUCCCAGAUAACGUUUUUUUAGUUAUUUAGAUAACAUUAAAAGACAAUAAUGCUAAUAUGAACCAUUAAAAUUAUCAUUUUAAANGAGAAUGUAAAUUGAAGUCCUCAUUAGACAUAUCUUUGACCAAAAAUAACCAAUAUUUUUAUUUUUAUUAUUAUUUAAAAAUUAUUUUGAAAAAUGAUGAUAUAAUUUACUUAGCAUUAAUUAUCUACGUAUUAACUAACAGUAAUUAAGAAAAUAGAGAAAAAAUAUUUUUAUUUAUUACUUCUUUUCUACUGAACCAAUAGAAGCGACGUCUGUUAUAAAUUGUUUUUCUACUGUGUAAGACAAGAAAUUUUCAUUUAAUAGUCUUUGUGCUCUUUGAAGUAUUUUUUUUACUUUUUGUACUUCGAAUAUAUACUCUAAUAUUACAACAUUAUAGUACUAUAGUUUAAUGAUCUUGCAUUAUCUGUAAUAUUUUCAAGAAAUUACCCUCCUAUUACAUUUAUUAACAUACAAACAAAUCGACAUUCGAUUUUUAAAUAGUAACCAACGUUUUUCACAUUCGAAAACAGAAUAUAUUUUAAUAUAAAUUUCGAUUCUAUUAUCGUAAAAACCUCGACUAUAAAAGUUUAAAAUUUUUAAGUAAUAUAUUAUUAUACUUCUUAUUUACGUAUUCGAAUCCAAAUUCAUUUAUCAAUAUCAUAUAUUAUGUGAUAUUUAUAGUACUGCAUGGAAUAAAAAGUGUAAUAUUUUUUAAAAUACUGUAAAUAUAAGAUAUUCUAUAUAAGGCCUGCAAAAAUCAAAAUCAAAUUUCUCAUUGUGAUGGAUAAUAAUCACUGGAUAAAAUAAUCACCCUGUACUAUUUUAAGCCAGUACGGAAACUUUUUACACGCCACAAGUAAAUAAGCCGAACACGAAAAUUAAGUCAUAACGCGAUAUUUUCGAAUAAUAAACUCGUAAGUUUCUUUAUUACGUCAAAUUAUGAGUAUAUUAGUAAUAGAAAUAAUAAUAUAGGUAUAGGUACACCAGCCAGUAGUAAUAAUAAUAAUAAUAAUAAUAAUAAUAAUACAUAAUAACGAUAAUAAAAGAACAUUAAAAAAAUACAACGUGGCGCGUAUCAAAUAUAAGUGUUUUAAAAAUUUUUGAAAAGUUAAGUACCCUUGUUAAGGGGCAUUGUAUUUACCCCGUCAUAAACAAUAGUUUUGCGUUUGUAUUCAUUAAAAUAUUCAAAUUUUUUUCAUUAACUAAAAAAGAGCGUUACGAUAGUGCUGCUACAUAUUCUCGUCAAAAUCCGUCUUGACCGAGCCGUAAAAGGCAACAGAAAAAAAAGUUUAAACGAGUUCACAUCACAAAAACAACAAAAAAUGUGUAUACGCGUGUUUUAUAAUAUAGUUGUAGGUAGUUAAACAGUACUUUUACGGGGUUCGUUGUAAAAAUGGGGUUUUUUUUUUUUUAUUAUUAUUGCAAAGCCAAUUGGUUACGAUUUACAUUAUUUUGUAAAUCAAAAACAAUUCUUUCUCGUUGUUGGUGUUAUACUUUGCUACAACUGUUAUUAAAACGCAUUAUUAUCAGUCAUAUAAUAUAAGAUGCGCAUAUUUCUUGACAAAGCACUAAAAAAUAAAAAAUAAAAAUUCAUCCUCUUAUAUUUGAAUAAGUACGUAUUUUGACAAACAAAUAUAAACUAAGUACUACUGUACUAGAUUAUAGUUAAAAGAGAUAAAAUUUAAAUUAAAAUAUCAGAAAUUAGAAUAUGUGAUAUAAUCAGGUCAGAUAUAGGAUUAUAUAGGAAUUCAAUCAAAUCAAAUCGAGUAGUCUUCGGUCAAUAUCGGGUGCAGGUGGGAAAACGAGAGAGAAAAUAGGCUAUGAUAUUAUGAAAAGAAUAAGAAAUAAUCAAGGAGGUAUAAACGAGUUAAAUGAAGGAAGAAGGCUAUGAGAUUAGGGAAAGGGCAAAGAAAAUUUUGCUUGAAGUUAUUGGGGAAAAACAUAGAAGUUUAAAAUGAAAUCGUGAUAGAUAGGGAGAUGUGAAGGACGAGGAUAUGAGUAACUAAUCAAACAUGCAUAAAGUCGACGCGCAAGAAGUUAAAAAAUAAUAAAUAAAAAGCCCCGUGAACGGUCGAAAAAGGAUAAAAAUAUAGAGUAAAUGAAUUUAGAGUUUUGAUAAGAGAAAAAAUAUACUGUCAUUGUUGGAUGAAUUAAAAAUAGACAAAAGGUAAGGCCGUUCGGAAGACAUUUUUGGACACUAACUAACAAGGUAAAAUAAGAGAGUCGUUUGAAUAAUAGAAAAUCUAAAUGAUUGAGUAAACGGAAUAAGUUAUUACUUAUAGUAGUUAUUAUUUAUAGUAGGUAUAAUAUAAUAAUAGAUAUGGCCAUAUCGGAAGAAAAAUAAGCCCAACUGCUUGAAUUUCAUAAUAAUCCGUCUGAAUAAUUUUGUAUAUUAGAAAACAUCGUAAUUCAAUGAUGGUAAUGUAAUAUAUUCGUAUUGUCAGCUUAUCGUGAACACACUCACCGAUUGGGGAUUUCGCUUUGCCAUAGUAAACCUAUUUUUGCAUAUCAUAAAUGUUGGUCUUACCUGCAAAACAAAACAAAAAUAUUAAAUAUCGAAUAUUAUCGAUAUCGAUAUUGAAUUUAUUACAAUUUUAAAAAUAUCAGUAACACAUGCUAUCAAUAUCAUAUUACACGGUCUUUAAACGUGAUUAGUAUAUUGUAUUAUUUUUAUUCACAGGCAAACGUAAAAUUAAACCUUUUUUUUAGAUUUCAACACCAAACUUCUGACUAAAUUUACACUUACAUACUUAUAUUUUAGAUUUUUUUUUUUUUUCUAUUUUUUUAACAAUAUUAUUUAUAAUAACCGCAAGUCCAGUUCGCGCACGUCUUUCUUCUAAAAUAGGUAUACUACAACAAAAUAAAAUAACAUGUUGGCCGAUCGCCAGGUGUGUACGUUUUCCCACAACCCCUAAUACAGUUUUGGACAAGCCACCGCAUUUUCGUGGUACAUUUAGCAAUAUUUUUCGUAUUUUGUGUAAAUGGAAAUUCUUUUGAAAAUAUAAUAAUAAUAACAUAUUAAGGGAUAAUAUUAUUAUAGUAUUUCCGCCGCCGUCACAUCCGUUUUGUUGAAAGCCACGGAAAUAACAAUUCCCGUUGGCGUUUCUCUUCGAACUAUAUAUCAUUAUCAUAAGAGCUAAUUAAUGUUUACAUUUAUUUUCAUUUUUUCACAGAUGUCAACAGCAAACGUGUAAGAUCAAACAUGUUCGAAUUCGUAACAGGCUCCAUAGAACCCACGGCGGCACUGGUAACGGCUACGUUGUACGAGUUAGCCCUCGACCAAAACCUCCAAAACCGACUCCGGAAACAUUUGGACGGUGUAUUAGACGAACACCAACAGCAAAUCACCAUAGACCAAUUGGACCGAUUGUCGUACUUGGAAAAUGUACUCAGAGGUAAGAGAAGUUUAUGAAAACCUCGUCAAACCUAACCUAACCUAAUUUUUAUCCGAUAUGAUAUGGAAUAUAGGGUAUUAUAGUUUGAAUAAAAUUAAUACAUUUUUGAAAAAUCGUCACAAAUAAAAACUACUAAGGGUGAAUUUCUGUCAUCUAAUGAUGGUAGAUUACUGAAUGUGUAUAACCAAGAGAACGCAGAAAAAAAAAAUACUAAUCCCAGUCACAUGUAUAAAUUACAUUAAGCAUUUCAAAUAUCUGCAUUCGGAUCUCUCAGAUUUUGUCCAAAUCUGAAAUCUCGUUAAAAAUAAAAUUAUUUUUUCAGUUUUUAUGGUCAUACUGUAGUUUUUUUCGAAUACGGUAGGUACUUACUUAAAAUAUAGUAAACAAGAAAUAGCUCAAACCAUUAUAAGCUCUUCGGGUCGUUAAACUCAAAUAUAAAAAAAAUACGUUAGCUAUUAGUAUUAUUCAUAUACAUUAUAUACAUAUAUAAAUAAACACGCAGAAAAAUAUCCAAAAAAAAAGAGUUGAUACAGGGGACGGGCGAAGCCACUGUUGUAGGUGGGUAGUGGGGAAGGUGAGAUACAUAAAUGUAUUUAAUUUAUACCUGUAACUAGCAAAAAACCAUUAAUAACAAAAAACUAUUCGGAGAGAAGUUCUGUUAAUAAUAUUUAUGACUUUCGUCAAAAUUUGAUUUUUAAACUCUUAUAAAAAAAAAAAUGUAUAUUACUAUUAUUAUCUUUUUUUUUACCACUAACUACAACUUAUAAUGAACAUUUUUUUCAAAUUUCCAAGUAUUUAUGUUAAGUCUAACAAUUUAUCUAACACCUACUAAAUAAAUAUUCUGAAAGGUUGACCACAUCUAGAAAAAGUAAAUAUAGAUUUUCUGUAAACACUGUCCCUGCGAAUAUUUUAACCUGAAUAACAUUGAAUAAACAAAAUUUAAAAUAAUAUAAGCGUUAUUUUCGUGAAAUUUCUCGUUAUUUCUAUGUAUUUUUUUUUGUUUUGGUUUUGCUCAAUCAUUAAAAAAACUAGAAAUAAAAUCAAAAACCGACUUUCUUAGUCACCAAUUAAAUAAGAAAUACAACCAAAAAAUUGCAUUUGCUGUUUAUCUAUUGGAACAAUAUAUAUGGUAGAAAACAUAAGCAGUAAAAAUUUAAAAUAAUGAAACCGUUAUGUAUCAAUAUGAAAAAAAUCGUAUAUCUCGUCUUUUUGGUUUUUCCCAAUUGUUAUAAAAUAUACUUAAAAAUUGUUGACACUAAAUAACUCUGUCAGUGGGGAAAUAUUAUAAGAAGCAAAAUCGAUCUUUUCGUUUUUUGAUUGGAGCAAUAUUUCUGAUAGAAAACUUCGUAUGUUAACAUAAUCAAAUCAAUGAAAACGGUAACGCCACAGUGCCGUAAAUAUUUUCCGUCAUACCCAUAAUUUUUUUUCGGGUUUUCCCCGAUUAUUUCGAAGGUUACACUACACUACACUACACCAGUCUACAAUUUGGAGCAAGUUUUCUGGUAGAAAAGUUGUUUACUGACACGAAAAAAAAAUAAUAAUAUUAAUAAAAUACAAAAACCCACAUUAUAGUAAAACCAAUAGAUCUCUCGCCACGUUCCGAAUCUAAAAACAAAAUUGUUAAUUACGCGUUUUUAUUAUUAUUAUUAUUAUUAUUAUCAUUAUUAUUUUUUUCUUACACACAGAUUUAGUUUUAAGGUGUGUUUACUUCGUCAUAAAUAAAUAACUUCAGUUUCUAAUCCUAGACCAACUUUGUAUAAAAUCCAAUAAAUUGCUCGGCUUUAUGAAUAAUUUUGUAGUAUCGCCGUGUGCGGUACCUAAUAUGCCUAUAAAGUUUUAAAUCUCGUCGAAAAUAAAACAUUGUAAUAAUAAUAUACAUAGUAAACCAUUGAAAACAUUACAUGCCGUUAAAACGAUAAUAUUCUUUAUUUCGGCUGGACGAACAAUAAAAUAAAUUAUACGAUUUCAAUAGACGCCGUAUUAUCGUACCAUAUUAUUUUUGACUAUAGAAUUCCGUGUCAAACUCCUAUAUAAAUACUGAUUUAUAUGAAAAAUCGCAAUGACUAUAGCCAUUAUAUUUUUUAUUUUCAUACCUUAAUAAUGGAUUUAUUACAAUUUUUUAUUUGUUAUUGUUAUUAAUUUUUUAAUUUUUUUUAAUGCAUCCACAUUAAGAAGUAUUUUGUUAAACAUUUCAAGAGUAUCCGAUGGUGGCGAUUUGUUCAGCUAAUUUUUAUAAUUAUUUUUAUGAUAUAAAUAUUUGAUAUUUUAAUAUUACCAUGAUUAUUAUAGUUAUAUAAAAUUAAAUUAAUAAAAACCAAUUAACGUAAAAAAUAUAACGAGUUUCUUAAAAUAAUUAUUAGUGCUUAGAAUUUUGAAUGUUGUUUUAAAUUUUUUAAAUUUUUUUUUUUUUGGAAAGUUGAAUUGAGCUGUAGAACACUAUAACCAUUAAAAGUAUUAUUUCAUGCCGAAAUCUAUCGACUACAUUUCGCGUAAUUUAAUCGUUUUUUUUUUUCACUACGCCAUUUAUACAUUUUCGAUCUGAAUUUUCGGUCUCGAGACCAAUCGACAGUUACCCGGAUAACACGGUUAACCUAAAAUAAUCAAGCCUCGAGGGAUUAUAACACAAUAUUGAGAACACGGUAUUUUAUUAUCGGUUGCACGAAAUAAACAAAACUCACCUACCGUGGCUAAACACAUCAACAAUCGCACAUCAUCCGCUUUCUAUAACGAUUUCCCUGUUAUCAUAACAAUACAAUGAUAAUAUUAAUUAAAACCCUAGCGGUCAUAAGCGAAUUCAGAUCCGAAAUUUCGGAGGCAGUUUUAAUAAAUUACCUUCUAUCAAACAAAUAAAAAUUGCUAUGUGUAAUCUAUCCCAAGGGAAUUUAUACCUAGAAUUAUUUAGAAACAAUAUUAUUUGUGAGUCGUUUUUUUGUUUUGUUUUUAAUUUUUUCAAUGUUUUAAACCUAUAGCUUCUUGAAGACUUCUUCUCUUCACUAAGACCUGUUUAGUUUCCCCCACUUUGCUGUACCCUAAUCUAGUACACUUGGUACAUUAUUUAUUUAUUCUUAUUUUUUUUAAAUUUAUCUAUUCAUCCGAAAUAUAUCAAUUAUAAUUAUUUGCUUCUUAUUUUUCUAAAACAUUCACGGUUUACAAAAAGUAUACGCGUAUUUAAUAUUAAAAAAGAUACAGACAAAUUUCGCACGAUAGUAACCCAUCGGUCACUGUUGUAGGUGUAAAGUUGUGAAAGUAGAGAGAAAAUUGUAUAUAUAUAUAUAUCUGUACACAAUAAUUAAUCUUCGCUAAUGAAAUAUGAGCGGAGUGUAGUUCGGUUACACAUGUUUUGAAAGGCCGUAAUUUUUACGGUUUGAAAAUAAUACGCUUCGUAGAUUUUCCCGGUUAUUUAUGAAAACCCAUGAAAAAAAUCAUAAAAUGGCCUGCUUAAAGUAUCACCUCAGUAAAAUGUUCAUUCAGAAAAAAUGGUACACUUGAAAAUCGGAGCAAACAUUCUGAUGGAAAAAUUGUUCACAGAAAAAAAAAAACAUCAUUGUAAAUAAAGCUCCGCUCAGAAUUUAAUAAAUAUAUUUACCUAUUGAAACACCGGAAAUAUUAUUAAUAAAUAAAUAAAUAAUGAAUAUUAUUAUUAUAUUUUAAUGAGAUUCGUAAAAAUUGUAAUAUUGUCGGCUCGUAAAAUUCAUAUAAAAAAAUUUAAAAAAUACGAAUAUUUCUUUACUUUCGCAAACCUAAUUUAUAUUGUAAUGUUUACUGUUGAAGUGUUGGGAUUCACAGAAUUAUAUUGUUCUGAUAAUCAUAACAAUUUAUGUAGAUACCGAGCGUGUUUUUUUUUUCCAUAAAAAUAUAUAAAUAAGUGAUUGUUUUUUUUUUUUUUUUUCUAUUAAAUAUUAAUAGUAUGUAAUAUGUAUGUAGGUAUAAACUGUAUAGAUUGUCAUCAAUGGGAAAUUUUACAAUACAAUGUAUACACGACAGAAAAGAAAAACACGAUACCAAAUAGAUUGCAUAUAACAUAUACCAUAUACUAUAAACUACCAUAUAAACCAUAUAAACCCUACAAACUCGGUAUUAUACCUAUCAUUUAAAACUCUGUAAUAAGUGAAGUCAAUGUAAAUAAAUAAUAUGUUAAAAAUUAAAAUAAAAUGUUCAAAUAAUUUCAUGUCCAAAACACUGACAGCGGUUUUUUUUUUUUUUAAUGUACACGUUUUUAUAAAUACUAAAAAAUAAUUUUUUUUUUUCCCGGUAAUCACGCAGAAAAUAUGAGUUAUUUUUAUACAUUUUCAUUUUAAUAUUAUAUAAAUUGUAUUCGAUUCGUCUGAUUUCUUUUGAACAUAUUAUACCGACACUGUGUGUUGCAUGAGAAAAAAAAAAGUUUUGGAUUCUGAGCAUAUUGAAAAAUUUAAAUAAUAAUGUUUUAAUAUGUAACGUGUGCUACCAGAAAUCGUCAACUCCAAGGAUGGUUUCUGGUAACAAAUUUUGUCUGGUUGGUGCAAUGAGAAGAACUAUUUUUUAAUUUUCUUUGAAGUUUCCUCAAUAAUUGGUGAAAAACGGAGAAAAACAAUGUCGGAAUGACUAAAAAAUGUACGCAAUAACGGUUUCUGUUAUUAUUGAUUUUGAUUACUAUAGUGACUUGGAAUUCUUAUCGAAUGCAUAUUAUAUAAACACUUCUAUUAAAUCUAAAACGCGGUAUAAUUAUUUUCAUAAAAUUUAGUCGUUUUCUGAGUUUUAGCUAUGUUUUUUCAUUAUUUGUUGGUUAAUUUGGAUAAAAUAAUUGUACUCUUCGAAAAUAAUCCAAAAGUUAAUGGAAAUUUUAAACACUGUGUUUUGCAAACUUUUUUUUCCAUUUAUGUGGAUACAAAUUAUUUUACUUCAUAGAAAUACUAAACAUUUUAAGAUAUAUAAACAUGGACGAAUUUCAAUUUAUUUUAUAGUUACAAAUAAAUAUUGUUUCAAUUUAAGUUUAUCUAAAUAAAUUUAUCCAGCAUUUAUUCAGAAUCGUUUGUUGUUAGGUAUACAAAAUAUCCCAAAAUGUACACCGAACACAUUUUCACAUUUUUAUAUUUUUUGUAUAGAGUAUUAUUAUUAUACUAUAUAUUUUAUAAGAAGACGACGAAAUAGAAUUGGAUUAUUUUUAUAACGUAUAUUACUGUAUAUUAUAUUGUCAAUGACCAAAAAGUCAUACAUAUUUCGUUCUAUACGAGUUUGUAUACAUGACCAGUAUAGUAGUAGGAAAUCGUUAUUAGUAAGUCAAUGUUGCGUAUGAGUGAAAGUAGAAAAUACUUUAUUCGAUUUCUGUAAUAUAACUAUGCGUGACUAAUAAAAUAAUUCGCGAAAUAUUUGUACAAUUUUAUUUUAAAACUCCAGUAUUUAUACAUACUAGAAGCACAGGUAUUUCUAAGUAUAUUAUGAUUUAUGGCUCGUAAUAUUAGAUAGGAGAAUGCUGAUGACAAAAAAAUGUGUUAAUGACCGAAAACUACAAAAAAAUAAUCACUAAACAUUAUUCAAAACUAUUAAAAUUGUAUUAGUUAUAUUUUUUCGAAAACACUUUUUGCACUGUUCAAAUAAGAUUAGAAUGAUUUCAAAUAGAUGUGCAUUGAAUAAUUAAUAAUUGUAAAAAAUUGAAUUAAUUUAAAAUAUCGUUUAAAAAUAAACAUGAAAUUAUUGACGAGAAAAUCCUCCGACAACAAAUAUAGUUGAUACUGCUCACAGGCAGUCACUGUUGUAGGCGAAUAAUUGGGAAGUAGACAAACAAGGUAAUUUAUAGUUUAUAUACUACUACAAUAAAUCAUUACCAAAAAAAAACACUAAUUUGGAAUAAAUAAAGAGCAAAAAAAAAAAACAAAUGUGUACAAAUUACAGACAAUAAACUCGAUCCGUAGAAUUUGAAUAUCACAACAAAUUGUCUAACGUGAACGUUGCACAACGAAAGUAUAAGUACAUUUAAGAGGCUAAAUUCGAAAAAAAUAACUUAAUAAUAAUGUAACAGGUGUAUAUAUAUAUAGAAGCUUUGCUAUAACUAUUAUUUAAUCUCGAUGUUACAAAUCGAUAUUAUAUGAAGAAAAGAAAAACCACGAACCCUAGUGCGCGUACAUCCUGCGGUAUACCAUAUAUGUUUUAAAUUUUAUUUUUCUUGCGCGAAUAAAAUAUAACGUUCCGUUCUACGAGAAUUUAUAUAAUGCGUGGCAGCAAUAUUGCUGCAGCAGUAGCCAUUCGCUGUUAUGUUUUUCUAGGUAUGUCUUCCCGCGAGGGACAAAUACGAUUUUUAUUUUUUGAUUCAUAACGCCUGUUUCGUCCCGGAAUUUCUUCUGGCUCCAUCUCAAUUCUUAAUGGACAAAACAAACAACAGUUGUACAUCUUCCGAAUAUAUGUGUUUCGAGAAUUAAACAAAAAGUAUAAAUACAGAGAGAGAGGGAGAGAGAGAGAGAGAGAGAGACGACGGAGUAGUAAUAUUGAAUCAGAAUCAAAAACAAAAACAGAAAUACAAUUAAUUAUAAAAUCACCAAUUUCGUGAAUGCUAAAAUAAUAUUUAAUCAAUAAUAAAAUUAAUUUCGAACACCUUAAAGAGAGAUGAAUAGGAUUUGUUUGAUCCUAAUUUUCAAUUUUUUGUAGGUUUUAUUCUUAUUGUACUAAUGACCAACUUAAAUAAAUAAAACUAAAAUUAUUAAUAAGUAUUAACUAUUAUAUUAUACCUUCAACGGAUUAUUUCUUAAACCAAUAUUUAUAUAUUAAUUUUAACUAAUUUAAAUAUUGAUCAAACUCAUCUCCUGUUCAUCACUAACUUGAAAACUCAUACAAAUUUGGGUACAUUCACAAAAAUGACCAAUAUCGCUCUAUUAAAAAAAUCUGAUCAGUAAUUUUUGAGUUGUUUAGUUUUUAAGUUUUGGGAUAAAUAUGAUCGGUAUUCAAAAGAGUGCUUAACUAAUAUAAUAAAGGUAUAAUUAUCAUUAUAAGACAAAUAAAAACGGUAGAUAUAUUGGUACUUAAUAAAAUAUAUUUUUUUAGAUGCAUUAAACAUAAUACGAAGUUUAUUUAAGCUUCAUGCCUUAACAGUUAUCUAACAAAAGUAAAAAUUAUCUAAAAUGCAGAAAUAAAAACAAACUAAUUAACAAAUAAUAACAUUUAUUGUUCAGAGUCCCUAGAGAAUUAAUAUAUGUAUGUAAAUAAAAAUUAAAAAUGUAUUAUGUAAAGAAUUAUUUACUAUAAGAAAUAUUACACUGCACAGAAUCUUUCCAGAUGGAAAGCACUUUAUUAACUAUAUUCAGCAAUGUCACAUCUAAUGCUUCAUUAGUAUCGUUAAUAAAAUUUCUCUUGUUAAUCUUAGGAUUGUAUGUCCUCAAUAAUAAAAACAAAUAACGUCUAAAUUAUAAAUAAAAGUAUGAAAUUUCAGUUAAAAUCUAUUUUAUUUUUAUGUGAUUGAUCUAACCCCACUACAUUACAUAAAGAUUACUCUGCAAUAAUUUAUUCUAGAAUAAUAAAACUUGCAUGUAUUUAUUCAUAAAUUCGAUAACUGUUUUUAAUCCGUAUCGUCGAAUUUUCAGUGCAAUUUAAUUUUUAUCAGGUGAAACGGAAAAAUGUGUUAUAUAAUCAUUAAAAACAGCAGUGUUAUCAUUUUAUCAUAAUUUAGGCAAGGAAAAUUGAACGUUUACUUUGAAUUAAAAAACAAAAUAUGACAACAUAAAAGACGGUGUAGGAAAUAGUAGGGUUUUAAAAAUUCCCAAAUUGAUAAUGUCAUGAAUAAUAAAUAUUCUUUCGAAAAAAUUUAACAUUAGUACGAUAUGUUUAAUUAGGACGUAUUGUAUUAAAAACAAUUAAUGGGUGGGUCGUGGGUGAAUUGAUUGGUCAAAUAAAUGUUUAUUGUCUCGCACACGUUAUUUUUGUUCACGAUCAAAAUAAAAGAAUAAUAUAAUAAUAUAAUUUUAAAAAAAAAAAAUAUAAUACGCACAUAUCAAACACCUAAAUCAAAAGUUUAUUAACUCAAAAAAUAUGAUUUAUUCAGAAUCUCCAAAAUGACAUGAGAAUUUUUUUUUUUUAUAGAAUUCUGGAUAAAGUUGAUGCAUUGAGUACAUAAUUUAUUAAUUUUUCAUUUCAGUUUUCUGAAUACCAACUGGAAAAAAUCGUAUGAAAAAUAUGAAAGCUAACGAAAAUAACAGUUUCAUUAUUUUCGAUUUUUGAUUGAUUUAAUGUGGAUGAAAUUGUUUGGACGAACAGAAAUGUUUGAAAAAAUUAUAAGAGCUUAAUCACAAACUGUACUUGGUAUUAAAAAAAAGUAAAUUAGGCGUAAUGUAGUAGGUUUUCUAUUUUUAUAUGCGUUUGAAUUUAAAAUUUGAAUGGAAAUCUUAAAAAUCGGCAUGGAAAUAUGUCAAAACACAUUAUUUAACCAAACUUCGCUCAGAACCGUAUUUCGUUAGGAAUUACUUAUUGUUACCUUAAUAUACCUAUAUAUUAAAUAGCUCUAUGUAUCUUACAUUCAAAACUCUCCACCUACAAAAAACGCACACCGGCCCAUUAACAAUAUCGACUCUUCUUUAAAUUUAAUUACCGUUAAACAAUACAAAUUUUCAUCAAUCAAUAAUGUUCAUUAGUUUGAAAGUAUACGGAAAUAAAAUAAUCAUGAUAGUAUAAAGAUCUAGAUGGUCUUAUUAAAACACCGCAAGAUGACGUGACCUAAAAGCGUAGUACUUGAACAAUUGUCAUAAAAAAAAGUUUGGGCGGUAGCCUCAUAAUUUAAAAAAAUAGUAAUCAUAAUAAUAAUUACUCAGCAGCUGCAAUUAUUUAAAACCACGCAUUUUUCAACCUAGACAUGGGCAAAAAAGAGGGUUUUUGAAAUAUAUUAAACAUUUAUUUUUUUCGGUUUUAUUCGAGCUUUUUUAGUCGAUUUUUUUUCGAAAAUAGUGACUAUUACACUACAUUGUGUCUGUAAUAUAUACAGAGUGAUAUUUUUCAUGAGCCAUCAAUUUUCUAGGAGAAAUUUAAGUGAACUUGAUUUCUGUGUUUUUAAUAAUUUUGGAAUUGUUUAAACUUUAUACGUUUUUUCUAAAUUGUUUACCCUUUAUUAUUUUUAUACCUGAAAUGAGUAUUCACUUUGGAUUUUUAAAUGGCAACACUCCUAGGAAAAGGUUAUCAAUUAAUUAUUUAAAAAUCGAUAAACAAUUUAACACCCUUUUCUAUUCUUCCAGUCAACAUUUUAAACUGUAACAAUUUAUAAAGAGUAAAUCUGAUUUAUUAAGUGUUAUGCUUAUUGAAAUUUCUAGAAAAAUAUUUUGAAUUUGAUUAUGUGAUUUAAAAGGGAAGAUUGCUAUUUGAAAACACAAAGUGAAUACUUAUUUCAGGUAUAAAGGCUAAAGGUAAAAAUGAAAAUAGUGUUAAAAUAAAGCGUAAACGAUUUUAUAAUAUUCAUAAAUUUAAAUGAAACUUACUUAUUACCAAAUUAUAUAACUAAUUCAAACCAUCCAGCUUUUGUAACCAGUAUAUUUACGAACACGAAUGCUUAAAUCCAAAAUCGUGUACAUGUAAAACUUCAAUAAAAAUAGUAAAAUCGUGUAAAUUCUUAGGCAUUGAAUUGUGCCAUAACCUUAAAUGUUUUAUGUGAGCAUGAUCACAUAAAAUAGAGAACAAUAAAACUAAGAAAAAUAGUCUAUGAUUUCAAAAAUUUAGCUCAUAAUUUACAUUUAAAUUUAAAAAAAUUAGAAUUGUUUACCAAACUCUAGUAGAAUCUAAAAUUAACUAUGGUAUUACUAUUUAAGGAGGUGUUCACGAUACAAUACUAAAUGCAUUGAAAAUUAUACAAAUUAGAAUAAUAAAAAUUAUUUUAAAAAAGAAUAAUUGUAACACACACAAUAUCUUUACAAAAAAUUAAAUGGUCUACCAUUAAAACGAUUUUUCAAUUAGGCAUCAGUAAUUUAUAUAAUAAAAUAUAACCUAACACUUAGUAUUGAACAUGGUUAUAACCUAAGACAAUUAUCAAAUAUUGCUGUACUUUUAAUGCACAGAAAACUAAUUCAAUCCACUUACAUAGUACUUACUCUUAUAUAUACCAUUAGAUAUCAAAACAACUCUAUAAUUUAUAAUUUAAAAAAAAUAAUAACGAACUGGCUGCAGAAUGGACGAGGUAUAAAACUUAAAAUAUUUUAUACCUUUAACCAAGAUGUUUACAUUUAUAUUUUAUCAUACCGUAUUAUACAUAAGUCUCCAUGUAUUAAUUAUUGUUACCUAGGUACUUUGAUAUGUUUAAAUUAGUUUCAUUUAAUAAUUCUAAAAUUGUAAAAAAAAAGUUAAAUGUAAAUUAUUAUUAUGAAUGUAUAAGUAUUAAUUACCUUAUUAUAAAUUGUGAACUCAUGGGCCUUUACACGAAACUGUUCAGUGGGGCCCAUAUAUAUUUUUGAAGAAAUAAACAAUAAAUAAAAUAAUUAAAAUUAAAAAAAAAAAACAGAAAUCAAAUUCGCUUAAAAUCUUCCGAAAAAAUGUCUGGUUCAUCCAUGAUAAAAAAAAAACCUCUGUGUACAUAUAUAUUUUUCUCGCAAUUAUUGGACAAUUUGAGCAGCCCCUCUAUAUUUUGAAAUUAAAAUAAUAAAGUAAAAACAAAAUUAUCAAAAUGGUUAAUACUCGUAAAUAAAUAUAUAAAAAAAAAAUGUAUACAUAGAAUAUCAUAAUACUCCAGGCGAUGCAUUCAUUCAUUUUUUUAUUUUUUAUUUCUAUAUACACAUUUUUUUAUUUAUAUAUUUAUUUUAUAUAUUGGCAUAUCUAUUGAAAUUAUACAAUUUUGGUUGAAUAUCAAUAUGAAUUUCACUUUGUUGUUGCGAGAAGAUGGUAGUUUUUUUUAGCUUUUCGCCCCCUACAGGCCCCUUAAAUAAAUCCAAGGGGAUAACAUUUGGUAUAUGCUUAGUAGAAGGAUCAAUAUAAUGUGACUUUUAACAUGCGACCUCUUGCCCAACUAUUUCUAUGCUAAAAUUGCAUAUGUAAUAGGAAUUACCGGGUUUAAAUACCUCUACAAACUAUAGAAUGUAACAAAACUCUAGAAACCAUAACUAUUUUAGAUCAAUUAUAAAAAAAAAAAAAAUAAUUAUUGUAAAGGUGACAAAUCAGCCGAGGAAAAAUUCAACUCUGAUGAAAGAGCUUUGCUGCUCACGGGUAUUUUUUCGUUGAAAUAACUUAAAUAUUAUUCUGCCCCUUUAAAAUUAUAAUUAUACAACUUGUAUGAUGUAUGAAAGUUUUAAAAAAAUAUAGAAAAAUAAUUAUUACAUUCCAAAAACGCACUCAAGUCGGUUUUAUGUUUAGUAAUAAUACAAACUAAACUUAAUAAAACAUGUGUGUGUACAGUGUACAAGCGUGAUCAAUCGGUUUGUGUCAUUUACUGAUGAUUGUUUAUUAUUAAAUAAAUGUCACUCAAUCAAUCACCACCAAUAAGUAGUCUAUUAUAAUAUAGAUAUUUAUUUUUUUCGGAAUUUUUCAACAUUUUUAAAACUCCUUUAACGAGCUAUAUUUCAUUCUAUCCUACUGAGUGCGGGUCAAAAAUUCCGCAUAUUUCAAGGGAUAACAUGAAAAAACUAGAGCAAUUUAAUACUGACCGAAAGUGUUUUCUAAAAAAAAACUACGUCGUAGUAAAACUAAUUACUUCUUCGUGCUACAUACAGACUCUAAAAACGUCUUUAUGUAACUAUAACGUUAAAAUAGUUUAUCUUUUAAUUUGUCCACAAUUUCAAAAAAUUUACAUACAUAUUAUGCCAACAAUAUAUUAAUUAUGAGCAUUAUACAGUGACACACGUAAAUUUUGGUUAGUUGUAUGUUAUAACUCCUGACAAUAUGCAAUAAUAAUUAUUCAUAACACAGGAUAUUAAUUUGUUUUACGAUGAGAAUAAUCGACAAUAAUACAUAUAAAAACAUAAUGAAAAUAUAAUUUCAAAAAAUAUAGUUCAAUGUUUCGUAUAAAGUAGGUAAUUAAUUAGCAAAAUUAUUAAUAAAAUUAAAAAGUAAAAAUAAAGCUAUAAGUUAGUCUAGUUAAAAGAUUACUCCUAAAUUAUAUCCGUUUUGUUAAUGUUUUAAUUUCAUUAAAAAAAAAAAAAUGUUUUUUGUUCAAUUUUUAAAAUGCAAGUAAGGCGAACUAUAAAAUAUAAUAUAAUAAUUGCAAAACUAUAUACUUUUGAGUAUAAAACAAAUUAGAAACAACCUAAAUCUUACGGUAAAACAAAAAAAUAAAAAUAACAAUUAACAUUUCUCGCCUUCGAGUUCUGUAGCUUUUUUCUCAUUACUUUAAAUUAUUCAUUAAUAAUUCCUUUUCCUACAAUACCCCAAACCCAAAUCAAGUAAUUUUAGACCUAACUCACUAAUAUCACUUAACUGGCCAUAUUUAUCAAUUUAACCUAAAUCAUUUCCUCGCGUUGUUCUCCUACAGUGUCUUACUAACCUAAUUUAUUAAAAUUCGAUUAUCUAAAUCUAUUCCUGUCAUUUAUUUCAUUAAAAAUCCAUUAUUUUUUAUGAUUUUUAAGUACGGGAAUUAUACAAUUUUGAUUUGCACUACAUUCCCAAGAAGCUUAAGAAAAUAAUGGCUUUGACAAGUGGAAAUUAAAUAUAUAUUACACAAUUCUACGAUAAAAAUAAAAAUAGUUAAAAAAUACGAGGAUAUCUGAAAAUCGAAAUUUAACUAUACGUAGUGUUAAUUAGAUAUUUUAUAAGCGUUCGUUUUUUUUUUCUUACUAAGAGGAUAUUCAUAUUUAUACAAAUGUCGCGUAUAUGUUUUAUUAACACAGAUUUAUGAAUUAGAUGAAAAUAAAAAUUUAUCAACUCGAAGAUAUUCCCAAAUUCGUUUUGAAAUAUAAAUUUAAAACUAUUCCCGUUUAUAAAAAAAAAAAAAAAUGCCGCUGUUUAAACUAUAUUUUUUAAAAAAUGCUUUUAACCUUUUAUUUCCUUUUUUAAAGAACAUAACCGACUGGAGAACACUUUGAAUAUAAACUCACUAUAUACUUGCACCGAGGGUUAAUAGCUGGAGUUGGUUUUUGUGAAAUAGCAGUAAACAUUGAGACGACACGCGACGGUGACGUUUAGCGUGUGUUGAUAUAAAUCGUUAAUUAUUAUUCUCCAUUGUAAAGUUAAAGUUUAAAGUAGCGGUAGACGCAGGACAUUUUAAAGCCCCGCCGGACCCGCAUUAAACAUCGGAUAACAUUUUCUCCUCCUUCGACAUUCGAUUAUAUUUUACGCUCUCUACGACUCAAUUUGUUAAACUCCGUCAAACAAUUAACACUUUGAUGUCAUUAAUCCUAUCAUUCCCAACAAUUUCAAAAGACUUUGCAAGUAUUUAUGCUAUGUUUACAACGGUUUUCGGUAAAAUUGAUUUUAGAUUUUUUUUUUUUUUUUUCGGAUAUUAUAGAACAAUUUACAUGACGUACCUACCAUGCAUAAACUAUUCGGAUCUUAGUGCUAAACUGUGUGUCGCCGAACAUUUUUUUCAAAUAUUUCAAACUAAGUUACUAAACGAUUUGGCAACGAAUGAAAACCAUAAUCGAAUUUACUAGAAAUCCUAAGAGAUAAUCGCUGGUUUUUGGUAAAAUAAUCACCGUGUAUACAGAAAUGAGUUCCACGUUAAUAACAUAACGAGUAUUUUAUUAUUCAAUUUCUCUUUUAUGUACAUACAUAUAAUAUUUAAUGACUUUUUAGUUCUUGAUAAAUACCUAUAUAUAAAUGUAAUAAGUAUUACGGCCAAACGUUUCUAUUUCUAUAACAAUUUCCAAAAAGUGACUAGAAAAGACAAUACAAAAAAAAUGAAAUUUUAAUUUUAAAACACAAAAAAAUAGAGGACAGUGCAAAGUUUUUAUUUUUUCAAUGUCACUGAUACAAAAAAAAUUUUUUUUUGAAAUCUGAUAAUUUCGUAUUUUCACAUUUGAAUAGCUUUCUUCGUAUAGUAACGGUGUCGAACAAAUUAAAAACAAUAUUGAAAAACCAUUUUUUUUUCAUCACUUUUCAGAAAAGAAAAUAUGCUGAACAAAUUUUAUUCGGAAAUUCAAUUAUUGAUAUAAUGAUGGGCAAUUAAAAAACACACGCACACACAGAAAAAAAAAAAACUAAAACUGAAUUUUGCUUUUUAAUAUCUCAUUAUGAUUUAACAGUUGAAAAUAAUUACUAAAAAAACGACCUGGGGGGAAAAAAAAAUAAUAGGGUAAUAAUGUAAUUCAAGGCGUCGUCAUUGUCAUUUUAAUUCCACGAAAUCUACUCUGCAGAAUAACAGUUUUUUGAACGCUAUGAUAAUAAUAUCAAUUCGUUGAUUUCAAUAUUUAAAACAAAAUUACCCCUGUACUUCUUUCCGCGGCGACUUUUUUUUAAUAAAUAAAUUAAGUCUUAGGAAAUAAAAAACGAAUUAUAAGUACUUCGGAAUGACUAAUUUUUUUUUUUUUUUUUUAAAUCUACCAAGCAUAAUAUAGGACAAUGAUAAUAUAUAAUAUACACUAUAAAAUUCUUGUUUAAUGGAGUGCGAUUAUGAGCAUAAUGCGGUUUUCGAGUUUAAAAAUGUAUUUACUGGGAUAAAAGUCCUAGUUUUUUUUUUUUUAUUAUUUCACCAAGUGUAAAUUAUAUAAAUGCAAAUUGAAUGGUAUACCUAUACAUUAUUGUUGAACAAACACGACUCCAUUAAAAUAAUAUAACCUUAUACAAACAUUUGGUUAAUUAAAUUUGAAAAUAAAAAGUUAUGAAGCACAAUAUUAUAAAAAUAUUCUUUAUUUUUACAAAAAAAAAAAAAAUGCAUGUAUUCUGUAGGUAUGGAAACAAACCUCUCGUUUGAUUCAAAUAAAAUUAUACAGGAUUAUUCAUCCGAUUUGAAAUACUGGAAUAUUUUCAGUUUUUACGUUUACAGUAAUGUACAAAUAUGUGAUAGGUACGUUAAAUUAAAGAACGAUAAAUUGGAAUUUAGUUAACGGUACACAUACAUAUUUCUAUACGUGGCUUCCAUUGGUCACUAAUAUUUUUCGUGCAUUAACCGAGGUCGUCUUGUGCUUUCCUUUGCACAAACACCCAAUUUUUUCAAACUGCUAAUAUCAUUGAUGGAUUCAUUGAGCCAUAGAUUCAUCGAUCCCACAUGACGACUAGGAAAAUCGCGCUGCACUGUUUUUACCGAUUUAUAUUUUGAAAAAUCACUUGGUGUUGACCGGUGACUAACUUAAGACCAUAAAUGAUAAUGCCAAUGAAAUUCACUAAUGUCAUUCUAAUACUUGAGAUUUCACUCUAUUGAUUAGUAAACAAUUCGAUAAGAUAGACUAUAAAGUUUAUAUGUUAACCAUAAUGCAACCAUUUGAAAUCUGAUGAAUCAAUUUCAAUAACCUAAUAUUAUUACACAACUACAAAGCUACGUACUUUUACAUACUACCUAUAGAAUACGAAUUGAUCAGUUUUUAAUUAGAAAAAAAAAAAAAAUAUUUAAAUUAUACCAGUUCGUUGAAACAAAAUACGACAAAUGUAUUAUUGAUAACGCAUAAUAUAUAUAUAUAUUUUUUUUUUCACUCAAUUCUAUUGUUUACUUUUAUUCUAUGCCAUGUUAAAUUCAAAAUGAUAUUGUUUAAAUCCUAUGAAAAAUAAAACAUAUUUUUUUUAAACAAAUUUUAAUUAUUAAACUUUUAAAAAAUGUAUAGACAAAGUGUUACCUCUUUUUAAUAUACUCGUAAAUAUUUCGGUUGAAAAAUAAAACCGUAAUGAUAUAAUAAUAAUUGUAACCAAAUACCCAAGGCUGCAUGGAAAGUUAAAAAAUAAUAUUAACUAUAUAUUAACUCAAUUGAAAAUAAGUUAACGAGUUACUACGUUAAAAGUUAAUUGUUUAAUAUUGCUAAUCUAAAUGAAGUUAAAUUUUAAUUUAAAAAAUGUGUAUACUUAAUAACUGAAGUAAAUUUUGUUUUGUUAUUUUUAAUGAUUAUUUUUGAAAAAAGAAUAAUCAAACUAUACUUAUUCUAAAUUCGAAACUCCAUAUUAUGAAUUACCUACAAAAUAAUGUAUUGUCUAUGCGAUGGAUACGAUUCAAAAUAACUCGUUGUAUAUUAAGUUUAUGUAAAAAAAAUAAGUGAAGUUAAUAAUAAAUCAAAGAUAAAAAAGCUAUGUUACAAUUGUAACUUUUUUAACUUUUCAACUUGUAAAUACUCAGCUAUCCAAUUAUCCAAUUAAAUACUUACAUAGAAACUAUUUAAUUUGGGUUAAGAUUUUAAUACAGUUUUUUAAUAGUUUUUUUUAUUUUUUCAUUUAUCAUAUAUCCGUGUCAAGUUUAUGCAUUGAAGUUGACCUAGUAUUUACAAUUUUUUUUUCCUCCGUUUUGUAGACGUUUUUUUUUUUUUAAGGCAUUUAACGUGGCUACAAAAUAUUCGUAUAGAACCCGGAAUUAAUUUUCUCAACGGAAAUUCGACGUUUAGUUUAAAAAAAAUUAAAUAUUAAAUCGGACAGUGGUAAUUAUAUUUAAAAGUAUUCGUAUAGCGAAGUCGACAUUUUUUGCAGAUCGCGAGUCGAAAAUGGAAGAUAAUAUUGCGGUCCAUUAAAUUAAUUACAUUUACGUCACCGAUAAUUACCCCAUUCAGUACUUAACUAUUAAAACUGAUGUGCAAAAAAAAUAUAUAUUUUAAAAAGGAAAAAAAUAUCGAUGCGUUUUAUAUGUGCGUUGUUUUGGAUUUUUCGGAAGGUCAAAUAACAUAUUUUUACGAUAUAUUUGCAGGGGUUUUUUUUUAGAGAGAAUUAAGGACGACAAAGUUUAAAUUUAGUUACAUUGAUAUUUCAUCGUCACCCUGAUAAUUUAAACUAAAUCACACAUCAUAGUAUAUUUUUUUCAUCAGCUGUAUUGCCUUCCUCAAAUUAUGCCCGAAUGUACUGUUUAUUUAUCUAUUUAUUUUUUAUUUUUUUUUUGAUCUUACGUCUUAAAUGUAUUAUUUUAUCCGUCCACAGAAACGUUGCGAAAGUAUCCGUUGGUGCCCGUGGUUCGCCGGGUAACCACCAAACCGUACACGUUGCCACCCGGGAGCGGCGGCCGCGCCAGUACGCUAGAGACCGACACGCUGGUAGUGGUGCCGGUGCACGCGUUCCAUCACGACGGCAGACACUUUGCCGCCCCCGAAGCGUUCCGGCCGGAUCGGUUUCCCGAGCAACUCACGGUCGCGUACAUGCCUUACGGCACCGGCCCGCGAUCCUACAUAGGUGAGCCGAACACGGAUUUCCCAUCCGACCGGAUGUGUGCGGUGUAUCCGCUUUUUGGGUGCACUACAAUUUACUAUAAUAUAUGUUUUACGCCAUCAUGGCCGACGGCUUAUACGAUAAUCUCUUCCUCUACACCCCCACAAUACAAAACGCACCUCUGUCACUGUCCAACAACCGAUAUAUUAUAAACGGGACGCGUACCCGUACGUCACACGAUGGGAAACAUCGGGAAAUCGACACGAUCAUGUACGUUCGAGGUCCGCAAAUACAUUGGUUUCAUCCACUGCAAUUUAUAAAAUAGAUAUUUCUUUUCGAAACACAAACAAAAUACUAUACUUUCGUUUUACGCACUGCAGCCACUCGAGAAAAAUAUUUCAAUAUUCCGUGUAUCCGUAACGUCCAUUAUGGAUUUACGAAACAUGCGAGUAGGACGAGUGGAAAAAUGCAAGUAUUUUUUGAUUUCAAGAGAAUGGCGGAAUGACCGAAAUAAUGUAAAACUACGAUAAAAUUACACAUGUGUGACCGAAAAAAGUGAAAGAAUUAUAAGCAAAGGUUAGAGGUAGGUACAUAAGACGUUUAAUAUUAUAAUCUACGAGUAAGUAGUGGAAGUAACUGGCGAAUUGAGAUAAACGCGUUGAAAAACAGGAAAAGAUUUGACGAUCUAAAAAAUAAAUUUGAAAGAAGCUGGACAGGGAUAGGUAAGUUAAAGAGAAAGUGGCUAGACGUUUUUCGGGAAUAUAUGAUAGCAUUAAUCGUAUACGAGGAAAUGGAGAUGGAUAUUUGUAGGCAGAUUUGAAAGAAGGCAAUAAAACAGUAGCUGAACUUGCGUGGAACAAAGGUAAAUAGGAGUCAAAAUAAAAGUAAUAGCGGUUAACAACGCUUGGGGAAUGUUAACGUUAAUAGCAAUAAAUUAUAAUAGCACGGAAAUUGUAUUAAAAAUAUGCAUUGAUUAUUAAUACACUACAAGUGUUUGGUGGGAUAUUAUUCGUUCAAACCGUUUGAAUGAUCUAGUACUCUUAUCAUAAACACUACGUAAAACUAUACAAUAUCGUAUUAUGGUACUUAUUCCUCAUACCAUCAGCUUAUUGUUUACAUAAAUUAAUUUACUCAUAUAAAUAGACUCACACAGACUUUCUUCGGUAACGUAAAUAUAUUUUCGUGUGACAUCAAUUCUUACCUCCAAAACAAAAUGAAAAGAAAUAAAUUGAUAUUAGGAGGUAUCAAUUUAUCAAAAUUACGUAUUAAUAUGUGAAUAUCGGUAAUACUUGUAUUAUUGGAUAUAAUUGAAUUAAUAGUCUAGAGCCGGGUUGGUUACAAUUUUGUAAAAUUAUAAAUCGUUUUUCAAAAUGAAUAAACGAUAUUAAACACAGAACUAUCGAAUCUAUAAGUUGUUAACUGAUUUCAAUUCCAUAAAAUCUUUAGAGCUAUCUAACCACGAAAUAUUCUGUGCAAUUUCCUUAUCAUUUAAUUUAAAUUUUGGUUAUCAAUUAAAAAUGUAAUUUUAUUUUAUUUUAACUGUAGCAUAAUUCUGUAAAGUGAUAGUAAAAUCUAUAAAAUACAAAUAAAAUGUCAGUUUCAUUCCUAUUAUUAUAUAAUUAUAUAAAUUAUUAUAAUACUGUAAUAUUUAUUAUGAAUACAAUUAUUAAUCAUAAUAAACGAGUACAUGAAUAAGAAAUUGUCUUAUUCAAAUAACAAUGUACAUUUAUAAAACGUAAUCUAUUCAAUAACUGUAACUUUACAGAACCGUAAGACUAUCAAAUAAACGAUUUAUAAACUAUUUUUGUAAACCCGAGGCAUAGGAGUAGCGGACGGUAAACAGUAAGAAAACUGAGUGCGAAAAGGAAAAAAAAUUAAGAAAAAUGAUAUUAUAAGACAGGAAUUACUUGGCCAUCAUUGGGAAACCUUAACGGGAAUGUCUGCAUCCUAUGAUUAGGUUAUAGAUUUGGUUAGAUUACGCAUUACUAGGCCAAAGGACCAGCGGACAAUAUUUCAACCUUUUUUCUCAGUCGCUAAUAAAAUACAGAAGGAUAGCAGUUCAUGUUUAAUGGAAUGGUUUUAAAAAAAAAAAAAUUAUAUUAUUGUUAUCUCCCAAAAUGGCAUUUGGUCCGACAACAACAGCGGUUCACACGAUGGCCAAUCAUUUUUUCGCUUCCUAAUUCGUUUACAAGAGCGAGUUAAACCAAUUAUUUACAUACCAUGGUACUUUUGCGGUCGCGGUUAUGACAUGGCUAUGAACAAUGCCGAGUGCGCACCAUAAUAACUGGCUGGAAACUUUAUUUCGGUUUUUAUUUUUUAAUAUUAUAGAAAGUACAACGAAUUUAAUUAAUACAAUAUAUUUUCUUAUAUUAAGAUUUGCGUUCAAUAUACACGACAUCUGCUUUAAACUGAUAAUAAAAAUAAAAUAACAUCGUCGACCUUCCGUACUUUAGGAUGAGCACUUUCUUUAUUUUGGGGGUGGGAAACACGUCACUUUUUCGUACUAAAAUUAUUAUUAUAUAGAAAAACACAUUAUGGGAAACGUUGCAAGUUGCAUAUGAUUGUUCCAUUUAUACAGAAAAAAAAAAAAACUGGAUAUACUUGUAUUAUUCACAAAGCUAUUUAUCUACUGAAAUUCGUGUGUAAAGCUUAUACCCCUAUACGCACGAUUUAAUACGAGUAUUAUGAAUGAAACGGAAACGCCCCGUUUGAUCGAUUUCUAUAUUCGAGAAGAAUAACAAGAUUUUUAUUUUAUUAUCAUAAUUCUUGGUGCUCCUUAAUGUAGAAUAAAUUAUGUUUUAGUCGAUAACUGAGCGCACGGAAUACGUUCAUGAGGACUUUACAUUUUUAUAACAGCGCAGUAUUUAAGGAGUUGCGUGUAGGCACUUUUAAUGGCUUUAUGAGAAAAAUAAUGAAUAACAUUCUAUACAAUUAAAUUUUUAUUAUAAGUGUUAUUAUUCAAUAUUCUAUCCUAUUUUAUUAUAUUUUAUUUCAGCACAUAACAAAACACUGAUAAUUUUGUUAAUGUUGUACAGUUUUUAAUUCACUUCAUAAAAAAAGUUUUAAAAAUAGCUCUUAAAUGCCAAAUAGUUAUUUGUUUUACAUUUUUACCAAAUAAACAAACAUGGAUUGAGUAAAAACUAAUUAAAAUUGUUUUUUUUUACGGGUGAUCGAAAUUUCGGACAGUUUGAACCAACAAGAGAUUGUUAACAUAGAGAGAUUGUUAGAAACUUUCAUCCCCGUCUAUCCACCAAGUUUAGAAUUUCGGAUUUUUACGAGCCAGACAUUUAGCUAAAAAAAACCAAUGUAUGUGUGUUUUAUUGAAUUUAGUUUUUUAAAUUGUCCAGAAAAAUGUCCCAAAUAAAAUACUACUAAGCGAACAUUUCGGAGCUUUUAUUUUAACCGAAAAAGUGGUCGCAGAUUUUUAAAACCAAUAAAUUCCUUGUUUCGUUCAGAAUCUACAAGUUCCUAUGCGCAUAAACAUAUUUCAGCUCGAUGGAUAUAUUUUUAUUUUAUAUUUUACACAGUUAAAUGAAAAAUAAUCCAUCUGACAUAUACAAUUAAAUGAUCUAGAUAAAUCUCUUCAAAUCGUGACAUUAUUUGAUUUAAAUAUUAAAUUGAAAUAAUGGAUCAAAUAUUUUAAUUAUAUUGGCAUUUAUAUAUUUUUUGAAUCCAAUCACACAGACUUUUUGAAAUCUAGACGUCUAUCAUACCUGGUACAAUAUGAGUACUCAGAGUUUUAUGAUAGGCAAUGACAUUUCUAGAUGAAAAAUUGCUAAUUACCAAUAUUUUAUCAAUACGUAGAUAAUAAAAUUGUUUAUCUUUCAUUUUCGUCUAGAUGUAAGAUUUAUAUAAUAAGUUAUUUCAUCAAAUAUUUCUGAUCUUUAUACCGAUAUUUUAAAAGUUUUAUCUUAACAAGAAACCGUCUAAAGGCGUUAUAUCUUCCUGAUUAGGCCCGAGAAUAAACACUAAAUGUGGCAUACGAUGUGGCAAGACGAGGGUUUUUUAGAAGAGGGUGUCAUAUAUUUACCUAGACAAUAAAAGAAAAAAAUAUGUUUUUAACACAUUUUAAUAAAUUAACAUCACUUAAACACGGCUGGGGAGAGGUAUCCAAAUUCCAAUACUAUCCACCCCUCUCGAUGCGCCACUACCUACGAGGAAAUAUUACACGCGGUUUGCUUCAAGUCCAAACUAAAUAUGAUGUUUACGACGUCGCGGUUGUAUGUAAACAUUACAAUAAGCAAAAUAAUAAUAAAAUUUUUUUUUUUUUUUUUUUACACAAGUGGAGUUCAGUGAAGUGUGUUGAAUGUAUGGCGGUGUAAAGGUAGCGAUGGUAAUGGUGGUGGUGGUGGUGUUUUUUUAAGAGCUUUUACUUUGACAUCGAAUAUACGGAAACGAACUGUGCAUAUUAUAUACAUAAUAAUAAUAAUAUUACAAUUCGAAAUAAUAUAUUAUGUACGUAUUAUAUUUUUUACUUUUAACAUUAGUUGUAGAACAUAGUACAUACUAGAUAUGUUUCCCAGCAAUUUGCAUAUUUCGUUGUAGAGAAAUAUGUUUGAAAUAAUAUUUGAAUUAUAGUAUAAUUGUUGUCGACUAUUGUAAAAUAUAAUUUAUCUUUAUACUAUAAUCUAACCGUUUACCGUUCAUACAUUACUUCGAAGUGUCAUUUUUUUUUUCCAAAAAUGUAACUUAUAAACUAAUAGAUUAGGUAUGAUAAUAUAGUCUAGGAUAAUUUCGGGAUUUUAAACAAUUUCAUUUUUUUUUUCGUUUACGUUUAAAACGAAGCUAUACAUUGUCAACGGUUCAUGCAAAUUAGAAUAAAAUCUAUUGCAAAUGAUAAUUGUAUUUUUGCUUGUAUGAUCUAAUUUUGGUGUGUGCACUUCUUUAUUAUUUUUCAUGAUGACUUUUGAAUCAAUUUUACUUGUUAGAAUAAAGUAACUUUUUUUAAGGAUUUUUUUAAACUUUAUUCCCAUAUUUUAAACACAUUCCUAUAGUUUUAAUUCCAAAUCGAUAUCAUAAUAUUGUACCAAUACAUUUAUCGAAAAUCCUAUUAAGCUCACAAAUUUAAUAAUAAUGAAAAAACUACCUGUAUAAUGAAAAUUUAAAUCGUUAUAGUAAUUUGACGAAAUUCGUGUACUAUAUACCAUAUAAAAGUCUAUCAUACAUGAAUUGACUUUUUAUUCAUACAAAUGUAACGUGAAGCUGAAUUUUUAAAACAAUUUACACCAAUGAUACCAAAAUUGCACAUAAAUCGUGUGGCAUCGAGUAAAAAGGGAGUUGCUAAUUUAAAUAUAUUACAGUAUUUAAUAUUAUUUUUUUUUACAAGUUUAACGCAACAUAUUUUAUUUUCAAAAAUACUAUUUAACAUCCGAGUCAAAAUGAAUGAAAGAGAUUUAAAUAAAUUACUACUGUAUAUAAUUUACCAAAAUACAUAAUAUUAUAAUUUUAUUAUUUGUUCGUUUUGUACGUUUUCGAAGAUGCAAUCCUAAAUCUCCGAGAUGUCCCGUUUCGGUAAAUAAUGAAAUAAAACCUAUUUGAAUUUAUUUUUUUCGUCCAUAACAGUAAUUUAAGGAAAUAAUUAUUUAAAUAGUGGGCUGGACAUUCUACGUAAAUGGGACUCCGCAUAAUAAAGUUUAUGGCUUUUUCACUAAAAUAUAUUCUUUAAGUUGUAUCUAUACCCCUUAUUUCGCUUUUAACUUUUGCUUUGCGAAACUUAUAGUACAAAAAGUGUAUUUGUCUUGAUUAGGACUUAGAAGGUAGGUGUAAUAUACUAAAACUUAUAUUAAUGUAAUUUAGUAGAAAAAAUAUUACGCACCUAAAACGGCACCAAUAUUUCAUUUACUCUCAAGGUUUAACUGAAAUAACGUGGUCAGUAUGUACAUAUAUACUAUUAUGUUGAGGUUGAAAAUAAAUUCGUUCAAGUAGGCACUUAUAUUUGACGCAAAGUGGCAAACCACCCCAUGCUUUUUUUAUAUAACAUAUUAUAAAAUUAUAUUGUGUAUAAUAUAGAUUAUAUAAUAUUAUUACAAGAUAAAUGGGAAAGUAUCACAAUCCACUGCGUUUGAUCGGAGGUACACAUUUAACAUAUUAUUAUUAGUUUGGUAUAAUAUGCAUAUUAAUAAAUAAUUAAUUCACAUACAAACGUCAACAAAAAAAAUUAAACGGCAAAACAUAAAAAUGAAAACCCUGUUUAUAUAAAUGCAAAUGCAAAAAAAAAAUAAAAAAUCGAAACGUUUACGAUCAUAAUUCUCACUUCGUUUGAACGAAUCGUCAAAAGAAAAAAAAUAGAUAUGGAAGGGAAAUUUAGUUGCCACGAGGGGAUAGUGCUAAGCACCUAUUUAGGUUCAAUGCGGUUCAGAAAAUUAUAUGUACAAAGGUACUAUUCGGGGUAAAAGGGAAAUAUGUAUAAAACUAUUGCGUAAGAGACCAACAGCGAAAAUAAAUAGUUCCGAAUAUUACGGGCAUUGCAGAAUAAAAUGAAUGAAAAUAAACAAAACGGAAGUAGCGAUGAGACUGUUAAAAUAAAAUAGAACUAAGAAUGAAUAUUAUAUAUAUAAUUAUAUUAGGUAGUCGGGAACAUAUAUAUUUUUUGGCGUUUAGACUUCAAAAACUAUAGAAAUCGGUAGAAUAGAAACAAAAUUAGCUCAUUGGAAAAUUAAUUACGAAAGACAAACUACGACACACUCACGAAAAUAUAAUUAUGGGAAUUUAAAGUUUGGCCGCAAACAAUUUAAAAUUAUCAUAAUUUUAUCGUUGUUUAAAAACUUGGUAAAAAUAUACGAUUUACUAAUUGCUUCCGUGAUUCAAAUCAUUAAAACAUCAAUAUGUUUGCAGGUAAACAUUUCGUGGGACUGGAGGCCAAACUAAUCAUAGCCGCUCUCGUGUCCCGAUACGAAGUGCACCUGGACAGCGAGACCGGCACGCCUCCAAAUCCUUUCGACGUGACUUCGUUUGCCGGAGUCCAAGUUAUGGUGGCUAACAGAAAUAUGCGCGACCGGGAGUCGUCCAUCGAAGCGUCCUUGAAGCCGAUCAACGACAAGAAAUUCCUGUUUUUCUAA